CUGAUAUACAAUAUAAUAUAUAUUUUUUCAAACGAGUACUAAUUUCUCAAAAUGUGCCUACUACGUUUUAACCAAAUCUUAAUACAACCCAUGACUCACUCUCGCGCUCUCAUUUCCAAAUAAAAAGCUUUUCUAUAUGGCAAAGCUUUUAUCUAAGUACAACAUUUCAACACACUUAGCAUGGUGAAUAUCUUCAACGAACGAGAACUGAAAGCAAACGCAACAAAACUCGUAUGACAGCGAGUUGUAGUUGUUGUGUGUGUUCAGUUCAUUUAAGAAUUUUGUUAAAUUAACACAAAAAUUUCGUAGAUCCACCGUAGACUAGUUUUGAGGUGAAGUGAAAACAAUAAAUACAUUGAAUUUAAGUGAAAUUAAGACAAGAUCUAUUGAUAAAACGAAGUAACAAACCGUUCGGUAAAAGCCGGAGUAUUUAUUCAACGUUUGAUUUGUGCAAUCGCAGCUUAUUUCGGCAUUUUUAUUUAGUGAGUGCUUGAAGUGGAAUUUUGCGUCGGCUACGACGUGCAAACGAACGAAGACACUUUUCAAUUGUUUGGCCGCAAUUUUUUAGUAUUCGUUAUCUGCAUUAGUGAAAGUACGUUCGCCAAGUUCAAGGACACGCACGUACAGCGUGCGAUAGCAGCAGAUCAGCAACAGAAUUUUUUGUACAAAAACAACGAAUAAGUGAAUAUUGUGUUAGAAAAUUAACGACGCAGUACACAACGAAAGUAAUAACAAGAGUUUCAGCAACAGCAACAACAACAACAAUAAUAAUAAUAACACAACAACAAAAAUAAAUAAAUAUCUCAACAACACCAACAACAUUUAACGCGUGUAUGGAAUUCGAAUUUUCACCGUACAGUGACCUGUAACCAUAAAAAAAAGUUCAACUCAAAUCAAACUUGCACCUACCCUCCAGACAGCAGAGCACCCCACUUGUGCGCCCCCUGAAAAUAUACAACAACAACAAGUAAAAAGAAAAUUUACACAAACAAACAAGUUUUAUGUACGUGUGCGACUGAUUUUUCUGAAUUUGGCCGAAGUAACUGUGCUUUCGCAUAUAUAGACAACACUGUCGGUAUUAUUGUGCGCGCGUCUGUGUGUGUGUGUUUGCAUGACUCCCACGUGGGCGCAAGGACAAACAUCACAUAACACAGGAUCAUUCAACUUGUAACAGCACAAUUGCGAAAAUUUCAACAAGUAUUAUUUUUUUAUUGCUUUGGAGAAAAAACAACAACAUUCCACACCCGCGCCGCCAAAGUGCUGUUAUUGUCAACGCCGUUGCAAUUGGCUAGCAGCCUUCUUCGGCGUUUUUGUUUUAUUCUGAAACCCCAGACUGAGGGUCAGCUGCUGUGUGGCAAGUAAAUUGCGUAGCAAUAUUGCCUCUUCCUCUCCGGUUAGCAGGCGCAAAAAAAGCCCCAAAAGCGCUUUUAAUUAAUUGUGGGCUAAUUGCGAUUUAACGGUGCGGGGCAUAAAGAGAACGCGUGUGUGCACCAAAAACAAAUACAUAUUUAUAACAGCAACAACAGUAAAUCCAUAAAGCAAUUUGUUGUGCAAAAACGACUGCAGUAAAAGCCAGAAACAAUUAAACAUUGCGACAACUUAAAUCGGGACAGAUUCGUAACCCCCCUGAAGAACAGAAAAUUAUUACAUAACCACAUAUUUAUAGUUUAUAUCAAAUCCGACUAAAUUUAAGAAGAAAAGUCAAAGCACCAACGCACAAAUUAACCUCAAAUUCAAGGCAACGCGCCGCAACGGCUGCGUCGACGUCGCCGUCGACACUGAAAGUUGAUUGUCACAGUUAGACUGUGACAUUUCACACACUUUUCGGGGGUCGGAGGGUAGGGGUGACACGUGGCUGCAGGAGUCUUGCGCUCAGCACAGCGUUAAAUAACUACGCUAGUAUUACCGUAUUACCGUUAGCGCUAGCUUCACAACGGCUCAACAAUGAUAUCGAACAAGAAAUCGUACGCCAUGAAGAUGUUGCAGUUAGCAUUGGCCUUGAGCCUGCUGCACGUGGAUCCGGAUAAUUUCCUGCAGCAACGUCUGCGCAAUUGGGAUUCACAGUUGGAGUUACGCGAUGGCGAUGGCUGGGAGCUGGAAAUGUUGCGCGCCGUGCCGAUGGUGGAGUAUCCGUAUGCGAAUCGCAAAACUAUGAUGCCACUCAUAGAGGAUCUAAUACGCUAUGAUCGCCAACACGACGCCACACCGCCGCAAUAUAAUGUGACCGCUUACAUGUUGAAUGUGCAAAAUGAUGGUGGCACCAAUCAGACCGCCACCCUACCGGAACUGCCGGCAACAGCGAGUUCGACAACGAGCACCGCUAGUAGUGUGAAUGUGGCCGGCGCUGCGGCCUUGGAACAGGCCGCUAAUGCAGCUGCGGCUGCUGCGGCGGCCAGCACGAAUGCCAGCAAUAUGGGUUUGCCCGCUUCGGAGUUGGAUGUGUUUCUCAAUUCGGAGAACUUUCAAGAUCAGCGUUCGGUAUGGGAGCAAAACUUGGCCGAUCUACGUGACUUUGGCGAUUUGGCCGUCAACAAUCCCUACGCUGGCUUGCCGCUCAAAGAUGAGCCGCACAACAACACUUAUAUUGAUGUUAAUUUGGAUAUGUUUUUUCCGAGUUUCGCAAGCGCAGUGGCGGGCGGUGUUGCGGUUAAGGAGGAAAUAGUCGGUGCAGGCGCAUUAAAUGAUACUUUUCCCGAACCGGCCGAUAUUGCUAGCAUUAAAACCGAACAGCUCGACAAAGAGGAGGAGGAAUUUGUGGUAGAAAAUGAAGUGGCCACCGCCUCAAGUACCAGCGACGAAGCAGCGCCGAAGAUUAAGAAAGAAACCGAAGGUGGCGAGGAUAACGGGCAAGCGGCAGCGAGUGAAGAAUUCGAUUUGAGCCCAUUUAUCAGCCAAUUGGAUUUAUUUAAAGAGGAGAGCGAAAUUAUCGAUGUGCUCUGGAAGCAAGAUGUCGAUUUGGGUUUUUCAUUGACACCACCGCAUCUGUUGAAUGCAACCGCUAAUAACGGUAGUAAGGGUGCAGGCGCCGAUGACGAUAUUGAGAAUUUGAAAGCGCUGAAAGAGCUUAAAUUAGAUAAGCCAAGCUUUGAGGACAAAGAUGGCGAUGAUGCUGGCGAUAUCGAUGAUGAAUGGGCUGGUAUACCCUUCACCGUGGACAAUGAAACUGGUGAAUAUAUACGUUUGCCACUGGACGAAAUUCUUAACGACGUACUACAAUUGGCUGAAUUCGGGAAUAUUAAUAACGAGUGCUCAAACGAUUCUGUCGCUUCAACAUCGAAAGCUGCGGCUGCCAAAACUAACAACAACAAUAACAACAACGACAAGACCAAAACGGAAACCGGCGAAGACGAGCUAAACGAAAAUAAGAACGUCAGUGCUAUCAUAUCUAACGGCAAAGACGAAGAUUUGGCAAAGAAAACACUCGGCACAAUCACUGACGGCACCACCAAAGAGGAACAGGACAAAACUGAGGAAGAUUAUAUUGACGAUUUCGAUCUAUCCCUGUCGGAGAUCGAAGUCAAUUCAUUGCCAUCGCCACUUUUCGAUUUAGAUGACGAAGCACGCGAGGAAUUAGCCGAUUUCGAUAUGAUGUUACAAUCAGCCGGAGCACCACCAUCGCCAUUCCACCACCAUCAUUCGCAUCAACGCGGUGCCGGCAUGCAGGGUUAUGUUGGCGGCGGCGCGAAUAGUGCUUUCCACCGUCAAGCAGGCGGCUUCCAUCAUGGUCACCAUCAGGGUCGCAUGUCCCUCAGUCGUGGCGUUUCGAUGGAGCAACGUUUACAGGAUAUUGCCAGUUUCUUCAAUCCGAUAUCGAGCAUGGGCGUAGUCGGCGGCGUCUCCGAUAUGCCACCCUAUCCUCACUAUCCCACACAUCCAUAUUCGUAUCAGGGUGCCGCUGGCAUACCAGCACCACCGCAACACGCUCAAUAUCCACCGCCACCACCGCCGCACCAUCACAGCCACCAUGCCAUGUUGCAUGCCAACGCCUCUUUGGGUGAUAUUUGCCCCACGCAGCCGCAUUAUGGCCAUAAUUUGGGUUCAGCCGUCACUUCUAGCAUGCAUUUGACCAACUCCAGCCAUGAGGCUGACGCCGGUGCAGCUGCAUCAGCCGGCGCUGCGGGCGGCAAUGUGGGCGCCUACAAAAUGGAACACGACAUGAUGUACUACACUAACUCUUCUUCGGAUAUGAAUCACACCACUGAAGGAUUUAUUAACUCAAUUUUAAAUGAUGAGGAUUUGCAUUUGAUGGACAUGAAUGACAGUUUCUGUCGCAUGGUUGACGUAAAUAACAGCACAAGCAAUAACUCGUCGGUACUCGGCGGCAGCGCUGGUCUCUCCAACGGUCAUGCAAGCGCUGGCGGCAGUAGUGCCACAGGUUCGUCAACUAACGGGCUCGCAAUGAACGGUGCUGGCGCUACGAAUAGUGCGCUCGCUGGCGGUAUGACAGCCGAUCUCUUGGGUUCGGGUGCGGGUGGCACGAACGCCAGCGGUGAUCGCUUGGACGCCUCCAGCGACAGCGCAGUCAGUUCCAUGGGCUCGGAGCGUGUACCAUCCCUCUCGGAUGGUGAGUGGGGCGAGGGUAGCGAUUCGGCACAAGAUUAUCAUCAAGGCAAAUACGGUAGACCGUAUGACUAUAGUUACAAUAAUAAUAAUAAUCGCAUGAACGACGGCACACGUCAACCGCCCGUAGCACAGAAGAAACAUCAAAUGUUUGGCAAACGUUUUCUCAAUGAACAACCCGAUUUGGGCGCCGUGCCUACUACCGCUGACAAUGGCAGUAAUAUCGGUGUUGUGCCACCGACUGGCACGAAUUCACUACUAAAUAUUGGUCCAGCACAGUCGAUUAAAUAUGAAUACGAAGCAUAUCCAACCGUACCGGGUCUACAGCCGGGCGGCGCUGGCGGUGCACUCAAUGCCGAAGGUGCUAUAGGACCGGUGUUAAGUAACAAGGAGCAGCAGGCAUACGAUUUGAAGUAUGGUCCCGCAGUUGCAGGCGCAAUGGGUGGCUAUACGCUGGAUUUUGCACAGCGGCCGCCGCGCACACCGCACGAGAUCGUUCAGCACAAUCACACGUACACACUGCCACAGGGCACCGGCUCCAUGCCUCGGCCACAGGCGCGCGACAAGAAACUCUCCACCUCAUCGUCGAAGUCCUCUAAAUCCGUCAAUGGUGAGGAGGAGCAUUUGACGCGUGACGAGAAGCGCGCACGCGCUCUAAAUAUUCCUAUAGCAGUGAGCGAUAUCAUUAAUUUGCCCAUGGAUGAGUUCAACGAACGUCUCUCCAAAUAUGACUUGACCGAGAAUCAACUGUCACUGAUACGCGACAUACGUCGUCGUGGCAAAAACAAGGUGGCCGCACAGAAUUGUCGCAAACGUAAGCUCGAUCAGAUACUAUCGCUGGAAGACGAGGUGAAAGAGGUGCGCCGCCGCAAGGAGCAGUUGCAUUCGGAUCAUGACAGUCUACAUUUGGAGCGUAAGCGUAUAUCGAACAAGUUCGCGGCGCUGCACAGACACAUAUUCCAAUACUUGCGCGAUCCCGAGGGCAAUCCAUGCUCAACGUCCGAAUACACGCUGCAACAGGCCGCCGACGGCUCCAUUUACUUGCUGCGCAAAUCGGAUGCCACAAACGGCAGUGGCAACAUCAGCAAUAGCAGCAGCACAAGCAGCAGCAGCAGCGGUAGCGGCAGUGUAAGUACGCUACUGAGUCACAAUGGCAUGUCGCCACAGCAACAACAGCAACAACAACAACAUGCAAUGCUUGGCACUGCGACGCAUUUGCAACAGCAUCAUCAUCAUCAUCAUAAUGCGCAAGCGCCACAACAGCAACAGCAGCUGUCACAUAUGCACACACAGCAAGUGCAACAGGCGCAGCAGCAGCAACAGCAACAACAACAGCAGCGGCAACAUUCUGCACAUGCGCACGCACAUCAUCAUCAAACGCAUCAGAAAGAUUGAAAAUUGCUGUUGCAGCACUAUGCGAAUUGGUUUAAAAUGCAAAAACAACAUCAUCAUCAUCAACAACAGCAACAGCAGCAGCAGCAACAACAACAACAGCGUCAUCAGCAACGUCAACACCAGCAGCAACAACAGCGUCAUCACUACCGUUAUCAUCUUUGUCAUCACCAACAUCAUCAGCAGCAGCAGAAACAACAACAACAACAACAUAAUCAGCAGCAGCACUACAAACAACAAACCGUGACGCAACAACAAAAGUCGUUAAAGCCUUUCAAGCAACAACGCGUCACGCCGCCAGCAUAUGCCACCGAGCUGGAGCUUUAUUAUCAGCAUUCAGCCGUGACAGCAACGACCAACCAACAACAACAAUGCCAAUGUGCUCAUUGCUAUGAUUAUUAUGUUGCGCCACAGCAACAAGACGCCAUGGACUUGGAGUGGUUGCAUGAAAUUGCCGCUGUGCCGCCAGCUGCAACAGCAUCGAUUGCCACAAGUUUCUAUUUUUAUUGAUUUUUUUUUAUGCAGCCAAAAGCCACUAAACGGAGUGGCCACCCCACUUCUAGAUGCCUGCUGUCGGUUUUCUUAUUUACUGUAGUUGUAAUUUUUUUCAAAUUUUGAUAGGUCAUUCAUAGCAAAACAAAACAAACAAAAAAUCAUACAUAUAUACAUACAUACAUAUGUAGGUGUUGGUACUUUUAACAACAACAAUUUACCUUUUUUUAUACAAACACAAAUAUAAUAAGCGGAAAACUAAUUAUUUUGACAGUUCAGUUGUCAGUUUGUUGCUUAUGCUACAGCAUGCCUUCUUCUACACUAGAAUUCAGCGAAACUUAAAACCACAAUUUUCAAAAAUUAAUAUCACAAACACACACACGCAAAUGAAAAAUCAAAAAAUAUUAAAACGAAAAGUACAGAAUUUUGCAAAAAAUAAAUAAUACUUGAAUUAAAAGUUAUUAGAAAAUGAGCACAAAUAAUGUUAAGUAAGCAGUAACAGAGGUUAAUAAUGAAGUGAAGUGAGUAAUAAACGAAAAUGUCAUUUUUUACACAAAGAAUAUUUAUGUUUAUUUUUCUUUUGCUAAAUAAGCUCACUAUUAUGUACUCUACUAGAUACGGAGUUAAAGACAAAAUGUAAAAAAAAAAAACAAAAACCAAAACAAAAAAAAUUAAAAAAAAAAUAAAACGCAAAAAAUUAAAAAAGCGUAAAACUUGUGAUAAAUUUUAAUAUAGCAAUUAAAGUAGUAAUGUAAAAAGUAUUUCAUAAACUCGUUUGCGCUACAAACACACAAAGUUAAGUGUUUUCUCUUUUAUAUAAUUAAAUAUAUAUAUACAUAUAAAGAUAUUGAUUAAUAAAAAUCUAAGUUAAUAAUUAAUUAUUUAAUAAAUACACAUUUGGUUGUUUACUAAAUUGCGCGCUUGUGGACCUUAAUUUUCGAAGGUGACAGUGCUUGCUUUGUUCGGAUACUGCAAACUAUACUUUAAACAAAAUUAAAGUUAAUUAAUGUUUUUUAUGCAGAAAAUAUUUGAAAGUUUAAAUUAAUAAUUUUUUUAUACAACAAACAUUUUUUACGCAAAAUUAAAAUUUAUUCAUUUUUUUAUGCAGCAAAUAUUUGAAAGUUUAAAUUAAUAAUUUUUUUAUACAACAAACAUUUUUUACGCAAAAUUCAAAUUUAUUAAUUUUUUUAUGCAGCAAAAAUUUCCUUACGAAAAAUCAAAAUUUAUUAUUUUAAUUAAUUUUUUUUCUACAGUAAACAAUUAAAGUUUGUUAAAUUUUUUAUACAGACAUUUUUUUUUAAUCAAAAUUUAAGUUAAUUUAUUUUUUUAAUUUCCUUACAAAAAAUUAAAAUUAAUUAUUUUUUUUCUUAAUUAAAUUUUGGUCCACAUUUUAAUUAAUUUUUUUUAUACAGUAAACAAUUAAAGUUUAUUAAUUUUUUUAUACAGAACUAUUUUUUUUUAACCAAAAUUAAAGUUAAUUUAUUUAUUUUAAUUUCCUUACAAAACAUUAAAAUUAAUUUAUUUUUUUUGUUUUUUUUUUGGUCCAAAUUUUAAUUUAUUUAUUUUUUAUACAGGAAACAAUUAAAGUUUAUUAAUUUUAUAUACAACAAAUUUUUUUCAAAACAAAAUUAAAGUUAAUUUAUUUUUAAUUUCCUACAAAAAAUUAAAAUUAAUUAAUUUUUUUUUUACUUAUUAAAUUUUGGUCCAAAUUUUAAUUUUUUCCACAAUAAAUUGUUUACCAAUCGCGCCCCAAGCCGCUGUUUUGAAAUAUUUCUGCAUACAAUUCCAAUAAUUACAAUUACGAACCGCCUACCUACCUCCCCAAAUGAAGAAAUAAUGAUUCUUUAAAAAUAACUUUUGCUUAGUCAACAUUUUUUUCAACUUAACCUCAUUUUAUUUUAAAUUUCUUGAAUGCUACACUUUCUUUUUACAAAUUAUUUGCUUGCUACUUCAAUUAGAGCUUGGUUUUGAAGAAAUAAAUUAUUAAAAAUAUUAAAACAAAAACAUAAUUAUUAAAACAAUCUAAAAAUAUUUAUUUUGCAAGCGUUUAUUACAAAUGAAACAAAAAACGAAAAAAAAUCUGCUAAGCAUGUAAUUGUUUCUAAAAUGUUAGCCGAAAGUCCUACAGAAGUUAUAAAAAAUAUGUAAAUAAAAAAAUUAAAAAUAUUUAAAUUAAAUUAAAAAUUUUACACAAUUUUGUAACACGAUUUAAACUCCAUUAUGUUUCAACACAAAUUUUUGAAAUCAAAAACAGUUAAAUAAUGUGAAAUAAAAUAUCAAAAAUUGUAUGAAAAUUUAAAUUUAAAACUGCUACUGAGAUUAUUGUUUAUAAUUAUUCCAUUUUUCAUUUGUAAUGAACGCCAUUUCAUUUUUUGCUUUUAAUUUUUUUGCACAUUAAUACCAGUUUUGCGUUCAACAACAACAAAACAACAAAAGAAUAUAAUUUGCUCGUUAGACAUUUAAGCUGAAUUAUGUGUAAGCAUUUAUAAUAAUAUAUUUACAAAGCAAAAUAUAAAAAAUAUAUAUAAAUAUGUAUGAUAUACAUAUAUACAUACUAUAUAUACUAAUAGGCAUUGCAUUGCAUUAUAUACAUGCAUACAAAUAUAUACAAAAACUAGCAUUAUAACUGGAUAACUAGAGGCGCAUAGUUAGUGACAUUAGAGGUUUAAUUUUAAUUAUUUCACAAAAAAUAUAUAUUAUUUUAUAAAUAUGCUUAAAUUUAUAUGCAUAUAUAUACUGUUAUAAAACUUGUAAAUACACUUAAUGCGUACACUUAAUAGAAUUACGAACAAAUAAUAAUAAUUAUAUAGCAUCCGAAUGCGGUCUAAAUACAUGCACAUUAGGGUUUGCGUUAUUUUCCAAUUUGAUUUCUUUGUUUAUGCAAAUGCCAACUUGAAGUUUCAGCUUUUUCAGUAAAAAAAUUAUACAAUGGAAAAGGCGCUUUGUUUUUAAUUUAAAGCGUGACAAAAACGUUUUACUUUUCCAGUAUACAUAUUAUAUAUUGUCUGAUUUUUUUUUAACUUUCGCAAAUACGUUUUUAUGCAGAGCAAAGAAAUCUGUAAUUUUGAAAAAGUGAUGUUCUAAAAAUAAAAAAUAAUAAUAAUAAAAGUUUUAAAUAAUUUUUUCCCAAAAAUAUGCCUUUAAAAGUUAAACGCAGCUAAAGUAAUGCAUCACUUGUCACUAGCCGCGUACGCUACUAUAUAAAUAGUACACCAUGUCGUAUGAGUAACAUAAUAUGUAUGAAUAGCAAUAACUUGCAUGAAUGCACGGGUAAUUUCAUGUGUAACUUUGACUGCGUAUGACUUUGUACGCAAGGUUUUUAGAAAAAAAACACAUCUUUCUUCUUUGAGGAAGAAAAUUGUGUAUUAAAACAUAACGUUUUCAAAGUGUAAUGCAAAUUAACAAAAAAUCGCAUGCUAUAAAAGCACAUGGAAAAAGAAAUAUGUUUAGGCACAAUUUAAAUUGAAAAUAGAGUGCUUGUUUACGAUGUAACCUAAUUUUUAGCGCAAAAAUUGAAACUUCAGUGGCCAAUUGCAAAACAAAAAAACCUCAACUUGCUAAAUAAAGAAAACCUUAACGUGCAUGAAGGCAUGUUUCAAUAUCAAGCGCAAAGAAAUACAUACAUAUUUUUAAAUUUAAUACACCAUGAAAGCGAAAUAAACAUAUAUACAUACAUUUACGGCAAGCUGCGGUUUGCACUUUUUUGAAGUUCUACUUGUAAAUAAAUUUAAAAAAAAUACUGCAUUAAAACUUUUGUAUAAAAUAAAAAUGUGUGAAAUGUUAUUUUUGUAAUGUAAAUGCAAUUUGUUUAAUAAAUACAAACAAAUACAUAAAUACGCAGUUGUAUGCAGACUUAAAAUAGCCACACGACUGCUAAGUUGUGGGCCUAGCUUAGAAUUCCUAACAUUUCACUCAUUUUUUUUAACACUUCUAGCAAGAAUUUAUAUUUUUCGUUUAAGUAAAUCAAAUAAAUUGUAAUAUAAAAUAAAUGCUAAUAUAAACUAGUAAUAUUUUAAUAAAAAGCAAAUAAAUGGCAGAUUUUGGCAGCUUCCAAUGUUUGCUAAAUGAAAAAAAAAAUAAAGUCUUAUAUUCAAGCUGUACUUAGAAUUUCUUUAAUAAUUGUUAUUUCAUUUUGUUUACAUAUAAUUAUAUUUCAUAUUAAAUGUCCAAAAUACAACUAAAAAAAUAUUUAAAAGUAUACAUGCUACAACAAAAUGUUAGUACAACAACAUACAACAAUGCAUUACAUGCCCUCCUAUGUUUUAAGUAAAUGUAUUAAAGCUUUCAAGCCCUCUUCUAAUACACACACUUGUAAAACUACAUAGAAAUAAUUAUAGUUAUUUAAAGAUUUUCUCUGCUCAUUGUGCACACAAGUACGUAGUUACAUACGUAAAUAGUGUUUCUGGUUUGCUUUAACUAUUCUUUACUCACUGGUAUUUUUUUCUUUAAUAUUUUUAAAUGAAAGUGAAAUAAAAAUAAAAGUGAAAAACUUUGAAAAAAGUUAACUUAAAUUCAUUCAGGUGAGAGUUUGUAAUAAUAUGUGUUUUAAUGCAAUCUUAAGUAUAAUAUAUAUAUACAAACAAAACAAAACAAAAAAAAAUUAGUGCAUAAUUAAACUGAUUGUGUCGUCUAAACAUUGUCGCUUUAAAGAAAGAAACUACUAAAAUAAAAAAUAUAAAAAAAACAUAAAAAAUA